AACGAAACAACUUCACGGAGUACUGACCAUGGCGACAACGAGGAUCCCGCCGAAGGCGGAGCGCGGGAAACUCUUCUACUUCUUCGUGUGGACGUGUCUGGUGCUGGCGCUGCUGUGCGUGUGCCUCGUGCUGGCGGUAGUUCUGUUGGGGAGCAGCCUCAGUGCGUGUCGCGAGACCACAUCUGACGCUUCGUCGUCUACGACGGUCCCGGCAGUGCGUAAUACCAGCAUGAAGUCCGUCCAGAAAUCAGCGCCCAAGCCGUGGGAGACCGAUUACCACUUGCCGUCAGCCACGGACCCCAUUCAUUACGACAUAUUUCUGCAUCCGGACCUCAGUAAUUUGACCUUCAGCGGCAAAGUUACAAUUACGAUUCGUGUGAAGAACCCGAGGUCUUUUCUGUUGGUGAACGCCAAGUAUUUGGACAUCUACGAGACUCGCCUCACCGGGCCGGUUGCUCCCGACAACGAAGGCGAGGAAAGGGCCAAGGCCGGCGAAGUGCGGGAGAUUGACAUCGGCGAAGCCUUCGAGUACAAACCCAACGAGUUCUGGGUGGUAGUGAUAAAAAACAACACGGAACUUCAACCCGGAAUCUACAGUCUUCACCUGCAAUUCAGAGGCAGCCUAAGUGGGAAAAUUGUCGGCUUCUACAGCAGUACGUACACUGAUUCCAAGACACAGGAGAAAAGGAGAAUUGCUACGUCCAAGUUCCAGCCGACGUACGCACGCCAGGCUUAUCCGUGUUUUGACGAACCCGGAUUCAAAUCUACUUUCAAAGUGCGCCUCGUGAGACCGCGAGAUGGCUACAUCGCUCUGUCGAACAUGGAGUAUAAGACUCACGCGGACGAUUCCCCAGAAGCCGGGCUGACGACCGUGGAGUUCAUGGAGUCGGUGCCAAUGGUCACGUACCUCAGUUGUUUCAUCGUGGCCGACUUCGAACGCCUGCAACCCGUCACUGUGUCUCAGGGAUUCCCCUUCAGCGUCUAUUCGACUCCCGCUCAGGUCAACAAGACUAAAUACGGUCUGGAAGUCGGUGUCAAAAUCACAGAGUACUACAUUCAGUACUUCGGAGUACCUUACCCUCUGCCCAAACUAGACCUGGCCGCGAUCCCCGACUUCGUGUCAGGCGCCAUGGAGCACUGGGGCCUCGUAACCUUCCGCGAAGUGAACCUGCUGUACCAGGAGGGUGUCAGCUCCACAGGCAACAAGCAGCGUGUCGCCAUGGUGAUUGCUCACGAGCUCGCUCACAUGUGGUUCGGAAAUCUGGUGACGCUGAAAUGGUGGGACGACCUGUGGCUGAAUGAAGGAUUUGCCAGUUACGUGGAGUACAAAGGUGUCGACCACGCACAUCCAGACUGGCAGAUACUGGACCAGUUUCUGAUAGAUGAUUUGCAUCCUGCGCUGAUCCUGGACGCAUCUCUCACAUCACACCCCAUCGUUCAGACUGUGGGUCAUCCCGAUGAAAUCACCGAAAUAUUUGACACUAUCUCGUACAGUAAGGGAGCCUCAGUAAUACGAAUGCUUGAAGAUUUCCUGGGUGAUGAAGAAUUUAAAAAUGGCAUCACUAGUUUCCUGAACCAUUUCAAGUUCGCAAAUGCCGUGACUCAAGAUCUGUGGAAUGAGUUGCAAGUGGUAGGAAAAGAUGUGAACAUCACCCAUGUCAUGGACACAUGGACCCGACAGAUGGGUUACCCUGUGGUCACCGUGACACGGGGGCAAAACGGAGCUAUCACUCUAGAACAAAAACGCUUUCUGUCAGAUCCAGACGCCAACACUACAAACAGUUCCCCUUACGGGUACAAGUGGGAUAUUCCAAUUACUUAUAUUACAUCACAAUCAAAGGCUGUGAAGAGGACCUGGCUUCUCAGUGAGGACACAUCGUUGCAAAUUGAAAUUCCACAUAGUGUGACAUGGAUUAAAAUAAACUGUAAACAAAAGGGAUAUUAUAGAGUAAACUACGAUGAUCAAAACUGGGAGAAACUCAUCGAGUUAAUGAAGAAUGACUUAACGGCUCUUAGUAUUCCGGAUCGAGCGCAUCUAUUGGACGACAUCUUCAGCUUAGCAGAAGCUCGUCUUGUCAGCUAUCAUCUGGCAAUGAACAUGACUAGGUACCUUGCAGCAGAAAUGGAAUACAUCCCAUGGAGAGUAGCAUCGACUAAAUUCAAUACACUCAACAGACUGCUAAUUUCAUCACCAUCAUAUGGAAAAUUUAGGAAAUAUGUGCAGUCCUUAGUAUUGAAUACAUACAAGAAAGUUACUAUGGCUGUUUCAGAUGAUGAUUCUCAUGUACUGCGGUUGUUAAGACCAAUGGUGGUGGGGUUAGCAUGCCAUGUGGGAGUACCAGAAUGCAUUGAUGAAGCUGUGGCAGUUUUCAAGAAAUGGAUCACAAACGCUACAUCUGUGCCAAAACCACAUCCCGACCUUCGAUCCAUAGUGUAUUCAUGUGGUAUGAGACUGGGCGGCAGUGAGGAGGACUGGAACACAAUGUGGAAUCUGUACUUGAAUGAGACAGAUGCUCAGGAAAGAACCAAACUGCUUCAUGGACUGGCUCAUUCUUCAGAGCCCUGGAUUCUGCAAAGAUAUAUACAGCUUGCCAAGUUUGAAAGUAAUGUGAGAUCACAAGAUUUCUUCUCUGUGCUAUCUUAUAUCUCUCAAAAUCCUAUUGGAGUGUCCAUUGUGUGGGACUUCAUCAGAGAUGAAUGGCAGUAUCUAGUAGAGAGAUUCUCCUUGAAUGAUCGCUACCUUGGCCGUCUGAUCCCUACCGUCACAAAAAGUUUCACAUCUGAAGUGAAACUGAGAGAGAUGGAGAUCUUCUUCAAGGACUACCCAGAUGCAGGAGCUGGUAAAGCAGCUCGAAGUCAAGCACUUGACCAUGUUCGGAAAAAUAUCAAAUGGCUGAGUCAGCACAAGAAAACUCUUGAAGACUGGCUUGAUGCAGUUUGAUGUUCUCAUGUAUGUUGCAUGCCUUGUUGACUGACUGAACAAGAAGCCAAUCAAUAACUUGCUUGUGGUUUAUUCACGGUGAAGAUAAUAUCACACACACAGAAAAUAUUGACAUCAUGACAGUAACUGAACUGAUAUCACUAGGAAAACUGGUAUAUUUUGAAAUAAUAUAAAAUAUGAUACAGUAUUUUGUUAAUAUUUCAAAGCACUCUUUGUAUGUUUCUAAUUCUUGAUCAGUACAAAUAAGCCUAUAUGAUAAGUGAGAUGUCAUAAGAAAACCUAGAAGUUAACUAAAUGAUUAUUGUUUUGUGUAAGUGCAUAGUGUGAAAAUCCUUAUAAUUAUCAGUAUUUCAAGUUUUCCCAUCAGUUUAUUCCCUCCCAAAAUUUUCAUAUUUUCCUAGGGAAAAACUAGGCUUUUCCCCUGCCCCAUAUUUUUAGUGAUGAUGAUCAAAUAUGUUCAGCUUCUGUUACCUUAUGUGUGAAUAUGUGAAACACUGCCACUUGGAAGGCUGAGGAUAUUAUAAGAUGGACCUGAUGACAAUGUCAAUGUGUUAGAUAUUAAUGAAUACGAAGAGGGCUUUGUACCUAAACUGAAGAAAGGCAAAAUAUUUCACAACCAGGUCAGCUUUGGGCUGACUGUGGAGUAAUGUGUACCACAAGCUGCACGUAUUCCCUGGACUGGAAUGAAUGUUCACCAGGUGGUUCUUUCAAUUACCAAAAGAGGCUACUAUUCACUUGGUGUCAACAUAGGACUCGUAUGGAUGAUGUGUACAAUCCACCAUUUUUCUUACGACUUGAUACCUUGUUGCAAAUAUAAUGAAUUUUUGCACUAUUUAUGAUCUAUUAAUAUGAUGGUGCCAGAAACUUCCAAAUGUAUACAAAAGGUAGUAUUUACUACUCUUGUAUUCUGUAACAUUAAUAGUUUUUAUGCAGUA